CUUGCAACAAUCGCAAGUCACAACUCACAGCCAUGUUUGCACGAUCAGUCGCUUCUAGCUUCCUGCGGCAAGCUGCCCGCCCAGCUGCUCGCCCGCUCCUCUCAGCCUUCCGCGCGCCCGUCGCCCCUCUGACGCCCUUCCAGUUCCGACUGCUGUCCGACACAACUCGUUCCGCCAUCGAUAAGGCUAUUGCCUCGGCGCCCGUCGUCCUCUUCAUGAAGGGCACGCCCGAGACGCCCCAGUGCGGCUUCUCGCGCGCCGUGAUUCAGAUCCUCGGCAUGCAGGGCGUCAGCCCGGACAAGUUCGCCGCCUUCAACGUGCUGGAGGAUCCCGAACUUCGAGAGGGUAUCAAGGAGUACUCAGAUUGGCCGACGAUACCUCAGCUUUACGUCGACAAGCAGUUUGUGGGCGGAUGCGACAUCCUGGUCUCGAUGCACCAGAACGGAGACUUGCAGAAGCUGUUUGAGGAGAACAAGGUCUUGGUCGACUCGGAGGAGGGGGAGAAGAAGGAGUAG